CUCACUUUAAAGAAGCUAGUGAUCUUCAAGAAGCUGGCCAAGGACCUCAACUCCGUGGUGAUUUCCGUGAGGAUGCAGGACUCCAAGGGCAUCCUGAGAUCCCAAGAGAUUGUGCUGCCCCGCAGUGGGCCAGUGCAGACCGACCUGGCGCUGACCUUCUCCCUGCAGUACCCCAACUUCCUCAAGGGAGCAGGCAACAGGCUACUGGUCAUGCUGGAGCAGAGGAAGCGCUCUAAGAACAGCACCGUCCUGGGCUACAGGACACUGGCCACGGGCACCAUCCACAUGGCUGAGGUGAUGCAGCGAAACCUCGAGUGUGGCCAGAUGCUGAGCCUCUGCAGGAGGGUCAAGGAGUCCUCCACCACGGUGGCCAAGGUCUGGAUCUCCUCCCUGUGCAAUCAGCCCAUCGAACACAAGGACAGUACCAAGCAGGCCAGCCCCAAGGCCAGGUCCGCAGGUAACUUCACCGAGGGGCAGGAUGAGAGCUCCUUUUCUGAGCUGCAGGCCAGCUGCAGGGGAAAGCACAGACAGGACCUGCAGAAGGAUGACUUGGAGAAGGGGAAGCCAAAGAAGCAGCGGCGAUCAAUACGAGGGAACUUGAAGCAGAGAGUCCUGGCGCUGUUUCACAGAUUCCAAGUGUCGGAGGAGGUCCUGGACCCCAAGCAGGACCAUGGGGAGCAUGUCCCGGAGGUGGAGGAGGACCUGGACCUCCUGUAUGACAUGCUGCAGAACCCCAGUGACAGUGGCCCAGACACUGAGGACGAUGACAGCGUCCUCAGCACCCCCAUACCUAAGCUCAGGCCAUACUUCGAAGGCCUGUCUAACUCCAACUUGCAGGAGGAGAUGUGGUGCCUCCACGGUGCCAGGAUCCAAAAGGAGCCUCUGAGUUUGGCCCACCUUCCUGAGAACGCGAGGGCCCCGGGAGGCAAGCAGCCAAGUGAUAGUGGCUCUGACUCAAUGGCCCACAGAAUUCGCUCCCCUGGGGGGUGGCUGGCACAGCUGGAGGACAGCUGGGAGGCAGGGUCCUCCGCCUGGCAUUGGUUCGCCAAGAAGGUGCCAUCCAUAAUGUGCUUCACGUCUCUAGUCAUGCCGUCCAGCAGGUCCACGAGGAAGCAGGCUGGCCACCGGGGCUGCAACACAGCCCUGAAUGAGUGGGUCAAUAGACUGGACAACGAGGGCCCAGACCCGCAGAGCCAGCGGCAGGUCCCCAGGAACCCCGUGUGUGACCAGCUCAACAACAUCCUCAUUUCCCACGACAAGCUGCCUGAGAGCAUCAUCCUGGUCAACACCUCCGACUGGCAGGGCCAGUUACUUUCGGACAUCCUGCAGGGGCACACGCUGCCCGUGGUGUGCACUUGCUCCACAGAUGACGUCCAGGAGGCCUUCACCAUCAUCGUCUCACAGAUGCAGAGAUACUGCAACUGCAAUUCCCAGGCCCUGACGGCUGUGAAGAUGGCGGUGGCAGGGGCACAGCCCUACUUCAGCGCUGUACCGCGGAUCUUCGUGGAGCAGCUGUCCCAGCAGCCACCCCAAUGGCUGGACUACAUGCGCUUCCUGGUCAUCCCGCUGGGUUCUCAUCCCUUGGCCAGCUACCUGGGCUCCAUGGAUUGCCGCUACAACAACUUCUUCCAGGACCUGUACUAGUGGGACAUGUUCAACAACCUGGAGUCCCAGAACACCUUGCAGGACACACAGGACGUUGUGUCGAGAAUCUCUGAGUACGUCACAGGGGCCAACUGUGUCCACCUGCUGCCCAUCGCAGAGGCCAUGCUCAUGUCUAAGCAGCAGCACCCCGACGAGAAUUCCUCACAGAAGCUCCUCCCCUUUGUGGGGGCGGUGAAGGUUGGAAGAGUGGAACCAUCUGCAGCCAUGUCAGGAGACUCAGAUGAUGCGGUCCCCUCAUGCUCCAGUGAGCUUCUGUCCCCUGCCGGGAAGGCCUCACCCAACACACUCUCCCCGCCGUCAGUGAGUGGGGGCCUGUCCUCCACCAGCCAGAGUGUCCAUGCAGAGAUGAUGGAGCUGCAGGUGGACUACUGGACGGCAGCCCAGCCAAUAGACACCAAGAGAGUGGAGGAGAAGAAAGAACUUCUACCGCCAAACACACUCACGUGCUUCUUCCAGUCUGUCCAGGUCAGAAGGCUGCCCCGCAGUGGUGAGGCCACAGCAACACCCGCCACGUCCAUGACAGUGGUCACCAAGGAGAAGAAGAAGGCGCCCAAGAAAACCAAGGACGGGGAUGUGGAGUCCAAAAGCCAGUGCAUCCAGGGCAUCAGUCGCCUGGUUUGCAAGGCCAAGCACCAGCAGAGCAUGAUGCCAGUCGUCAGCGACGGUGUGGAGUGGAACGACGUGACGUUCUUCCAGCUGGCAGCCCAGUGGUCCUCCCACGUCAAGCACUUCCCUGUCUGCAUCUUCGGAGACAACAAUUCCACCUUCUAG